GCCAGCGGCAGCGAGGUGCUCAGAUCCUCCAGGCCUCUGAAACUCUGCAGCGAUGGACCGACGCGCUCCCCGUCCUCCGUCCUCGAGGUGGGGACAUGACCAGAAGAGGUGGUGAAGCUCUUCUGGAGCCCACAACAACAACAACAACCCCACCCUGCUGCUCACCUCUGACGUGUAUUUCACGCGCCGCUCCCGGAAGUCCGCCGCAGAGCCAAAAUGGACAUGAAGUCGAGCGAGCCGAGCGAAGAGGCAGACGUUGGCUAGCGACUGAAACCGGAGCGUUUGACACCAAAACACCGCGAAGCAGCGCCGGCGGCUCGACGGCACACCGGCAGGGGGACUUCAGCUCGCCGCCCGGGCUCCGUUAGAUGCUGUGGUCAUGGCCGAGCGGCGGCUGGAGUGCACGUGGAAGAGACACAUCGCCGAGCAGCUGAAACACCGAGACCGAGUGCAGAGACACGCCUUCGAGGAGAUCAUCCACCAAUAUAAUCGCCUGCUGGAGAAGUCGGACCUGCAGGCCGUGCUGUCGGAGAGAUACCAGACGGACAAAUACGAUGUGCAGAGAGGACACGAGCCCAGCUCGGGCUCAGACUCCAGCCGGGGCGACGCCCUGCAGCAGGAGAUGGCCCAGAUGAGGAUCCGGCACCAGGAGGAGCUGACGGAGCUGCACAAGAAGCGAGGCGAGCUGGCCCAGAGUGUGAUUGAGCUGAACAACCAGAUCCAGCAGAAAGACAAGGAGAUCCAGAGCAACGAGGCCAAGAUGUUGGAGUACCAGCAGCAAAUCUCCAGUCUGGAGGGAGACUGCAGAGAACUGAGGAGCUCCCUGCAGGACCUGGAGCGAGCCAACCAGACGCUGAAGGACGAGUACGACGCCCUGCAGAUCACCUUCAGCGCUCUGGAGGAGAAGCUGAGGAGAACCACGGAGGACAACCAGGAGCUGGUGUCCCGCUGGAUGGCCGAGAAGGCCCAGGAGGCCAACCGGCUCAACGCCGAGAACGAGAAGGACUCCAGACGCAGACAGGCCAAGCUGCAGAAGGAGCUGGCCGACGCCGCCAAAGAGCCGCUGCCCAUCGACCCGGACGACGACAUCGAGGUCCUCGCCGAGGAUGCUGGGAAGGGAGCCGGAGAGGUUUCCCCGAACCGCCCGCUCAGCCGGACGCCCAGUAAGCGGGUGUCCCAGCCUCCCCCCGGCGGCCUCCUGGACUCCAUCUCCAACAUAUUUGGCGUGUCUGAGUGUGCUCAGCCUGGACUCCUCCCUCCGCUCUCCAGACGUCGAACCGCCAACUCCUUCAGCACGUCACCGGAGAACACGGAGGCGCCGACAGGCGUGUGCGCCGAGGUCCGCGUCCCGUCCACGGCGCUGCACGUCUUCGACGCCCAUGACGGCGAGGUGAACGCGGUGCGGUUCAGCCCCGGCUCUCGUCUCCUAGCAACGGGAGGGAUGGACCGCAAGGUGAAGCUGUGGGAGGUCGUCUCAGGUCGCUGUGAGCCUAAAGGAGCUCUGACGGGCAGCAACGCCGGCAUCACCAGCAUCGAGUUCGACAGCGCGGGCUCUUACCUGCUGGCCGCCUCCAACGACUUCGCCAGCCGCAUCUGGACUGUAGACGACUACAGGCUGAGGCACACCCUGACGGGACACAGUGGGAAGGUGCUGUCCGCUCGCUUCCUAUUGGACAACGCCCGCAUCGUCUCCGGGAGCUACGACCGCACGCUGAAGCUGUGGGACCUGCGCAGCAAAGUCUGUAUGAAGACGGUGUUUGCCGGCUCCAGCUGUAAUGACAUCGUCUGCACUGAGCAGUGCGUCAUGAGCGGCCACUUUGACAAGAAAGUCCGUUUCUGGGACAUCAGGGCCGAGAGCAUCGUGCGGGAGCUGGAGCUGCUGGGCAAAGUGACGUCUCUGGACCUGAACCACGACCGCACCGAGCUGCUCACCUGCUCCAGAGACGACCUGGUCAAGAUCAUCGACCUGCGCACCAACGCCGUCAGGCAGACCUUCAGUGCCCAGGGCUUCAAGUGUGGAGCGGACUGGACCAGAGUCGCCUUCAGCCCUGACGGCAGCUACGUGGCCGGAGGCUCCGCUGACGGGACGCUGUACGUCUGGAACGUCCUGACGGGGAAAGUGGACCGAACCCUGGACAAGAACCACAGCUCUGCCAUCAACUCGGUGUCGUGGUCUCCGUCGGGGGCGUUCGUCGUCAGCGUGGAGAAGGGCAGCAAGGCCGUGCUCUGGUCCGACAUGUGACCGGCUGAGGCUCAUCACGGCCCGGCGGGGGCUGGACUGCGGGGCGGGGCGGGGCAGGGCGGGGCGGGGGGGUCGAGGUGUGGACGUCAGCCGGGGGGAGGCGGUCCACUAAAAAAACAAACAAAACAAAACACAACCCCGUGGGGCGGGGUCGGACGUUUCUGUGUGUGAUUGGCCGGCCGGCGGGUUUGGGUUCAGGUGGAAGGACACGGAGCGGCGGAGGGGCCGGCUCGCCGCCUCAGGAGCCGGACGUCCCGCGGAGACGUGUGGACCUGGACUCACCUGGAGCUUUUAAACGGCUUCCAUCCUGUCACCUGUUUUUACCGCCGAGGACGGCCGUCUCCCUCUUGGACUUUUAAUCCGCUGCUUCGUUUUGGCCUUAAAGAAAAACGGUUGUCCUUCGUCGUCACGGCGACGGCGGCGGCUCACUGCAGCUCUGAGCAACACAGCGACUCUGUGCUCCUGCAGCUUCAAAUCAAUAAUCUGCAAAUUAUCCUCCACUGUUUCCAGGUCAGUUUCACUUCUUUCGGGAUUUUUUUUUCCUGGGAAUAAAAUCUGAAUCGAGGCGGCGGCCAUCUUGCCCUGCGUCUUUCCCACCAAAACUGUCUUCAGUUUCACUUCCCUCCUUUCCAACAUAAAAAAUAAAAGAGUUCAAAUCCUGUUUUUCUUCAAGCAGGGGAGAAAAUCCAGAUAAUCCCACUUCCUCCCAGGAGGAAAUUCCUGAAACAAGUGAAACUGACCUGCAAACAGGAAUGAAUGUGUUGCAGCCAGGAGGAUCAAGAAAAUCACUCCCGGUUCAAGAAAAUUCCCAAAACAAGGGAUUAUCACAGAUUACCACAUGUGACGGUGAGUUAGAGCCUCUGAAGGGGGGAAGAUGACAGAGCCGGUGGAGGAGGGUAAUCUCAGAGAUUGAAGCCCAAACUUCACCAGGAAAAACUCACAUUUAGGAUUAAAAAAAACAGUGAAACCAGUUUGUCCUCCUGUUGGAUCCAGUCUGAAGGAAAUCCUGCUGGUCUGAGUCCAUAAUCCCAACCUCCUCCUCAGCAUCUGGACUCUGAAGAGACGUUGCUGUGACUUGGGCCGAUUCAGAAGAAAACAAUCUUAUUUUCAGGUUUUUCUUUUUCCUCAUAAUUUUGCGACUUUAAUCUCAGAAUUUCUGAUUUUUUUUCUCACAAAUUUGUGAUUUAAUAAUCUCAUACAUUUGAUUAAAAACCUUAAAUUUCUGAGUUUUCUUCCGUCCCGUUGCCCCUCUGCCGGCAAAACGCUGUCAUGGAAUCCCUUGUGAACAUGGAGAAUAUUUUUAAAUGUUAAGACUCUUAACUUUAAUGUGCGGCGUUCAGUUUGCCGUGUCGCGGCUCUGCGGACAAAAAAUGAAAAGAAUUCGACCUGAAAUGAAAAAAUGCGACUUGGUCCAGAUCUGUGGUUUUUGUUUUUUUACAGGAGAUUUUUAGUUUUUCUCUGCAGAGCGUGUGUUCGCUCGCACGACCAGAUGAAUUUGUCCUGAGCGACGGCGGCGUUUCAGACGCUCGGUGACUCAGGAUCAGACAGGAAGUGAAAGAGCAGGAGGGGGGCGGAGCCAAAGCCUAAAGAGGCCUCAUCCUGAUGUUCUGGAGAAAAAAAAAACUUGACCACUUUAAUCUCAAAAGUUUCGAGGAAAAAACAUUUCUGAGACUAAACUCCGAGUUCUGUUCUCAUAUUUGUGACUUUAUAAUCUCAGAUUUUUUCUCAUAAAUUGACCACUUUAAUCUCAGAUUACAGGUUUUUCUUCUCUUGUAUUUCCGACUUUAAUCUUAAAUUUUGCGGUUGUUCUUUUCCCCCCUCGGCAGCUCCAGACUCACCUGUCGGCUCUCCAGGUGAGCAGGAGGGACAGUCUUGACUUCUUAAAAAUGGGUGGCGUUGCCCUUUAACUGCUCCUCUUCUGUUUAGCUGAGCUCGCUCUGCGCAGCCGGACGUCCCGUCAGCGACGCUGUCCAUCGGCCGCUUCUCCGUGGCCGCUGACCAAUCACACGGCAGAAUGAAGGAGCGAGGCGGCGGCCGAGGCGGCGGGCUCUUCUGGAGCUUUAAUGAAAGAGCCACAAAUCUCUCGGUUCAGUCGAUGUUUCUUUUUUAUUUUAAAUUUUUUAGAUUUUUAUAUUUCUUUGGCCCCGCCCUCGGACGCCAAGGAAACCGCUUCGGUCCGGUUUGUUUCCCGUGAUGCCGCCUGCCGCCGGGGAGAGGCCCCGCCCCCUCCUCUCUGUGCUUCCUCAUCGGAGGCCAGCAGGCGACCGCUUGCUGCUGAUUGGCCGGCCGGCUGGUAGCCCCGCCCCUCGGGGGAACAGCAGAAGAUUGUAAAGUUUAAGUUAAAGUGUCUGUGAAGCUUCUGUGUCCCUGUGAACGUCUGCACUCUAUAAAGCAGGUGGAGACCAA